AUGAUUACAUCCUAUAUACUACUAUUUGCUUCUGUAGUCUGCUUGGGCUUUUGUGCUUUGGACGACCAACUUUUGACGGAAGAAGGAAGUGGAUUUGAGCCACCGCCGAUUGUCAAUAUAACUGUGGAGUUGGUAUCAAAUAGAUCUUUUGAUCCGGAAAAGAAUGCUUCCAAUUUGAAAAUUGUGAAAGAUGCUGUUGAUGAUUAUUCCAAAAAGGAGAAUAUUAGGUACCCAUCUGACAAUAUCAAACAAUCAAUUAUUGAUCACGGAGGAAAGUUUGCAGUUCUUUUUGAGAUCCGUGAUGACGCAAGAUGUGAUGAAGUUCGCCGUUUUGUUAAAGGAGCAAAGAAGCACUCAAAUGAACUUUCAUAUGCUGUUCUGAAAUGUGAUGGAGAAAAGACUCAAAUUCUCUGA